CGUGCAGCUGUCAAAAUGGCUGAAACAACUAUUGCAGCACGAGUCUGUGAAACUCCUGGCUGUGACAAAGCAGCCAAACUUCAAUGCCCUACUUGUAUUAAGUUAAUGAUACAGGGAUCAUUUUUCUGUUCACAGGAAUGUUUUAAAGGAUUUUGGACAGAACACAAGAAGGUCCACAAAAAAGCAAAGCAAGGUACAGAUAUAAAUAAUGAUUCCUAUAAUCCAUGGCCUGGAUUUAAGUAUACUGGACAGUUAAGAGGUUACCCUGUAAGUUCAAAGAGAUCUGUUCCUGACCAUAUAGCCAGACCUGAUUAUGCUGAACAUCAUGAAGGUGUACCUUUAACAGAAAGGCAGAUGAGAGGGUCAACAAAUAUCAAAAUUCUAUCGGAAGAGGAACAGGAAGGACUGAGAGUUGCUUGUAAGCUUGGAAGAGAGGUGUUAGAUAUAGCAGCUGAUACUAUAGAUAUAGGAGUAACCACAGAGGAGAUUGAUCGUAUAGUACAUGAAGCCUGUAUAGAUAGAGAAUGUUAUCCAUCACCAUUAAAUUAUUACUGUUUUCCUAAAUCUUGUUGCACGUCUGUUAACGAAGUAAUUUGCCAUGGAAUUCCAGAUGCUAGACCUUUAGAAAAUGGUGACAUUGUAAAUGUUGAUAUUACAACAUUUCACGGAGGUUUCCAUGGAGAUCUUAAUGAAACAUUUUUUGUUGGUGAAGUAUCAGAUAAUGCUAAAAAACUAGUCAAAACAACACAUGAAUGUCUGUCACAAGCUAUUGCUGAAGUAAAACCAGGAGUUAGAUACAGAGAUAUAGGAAAUGUUAUACAGAAACAUGCACAGGCUAAUGGUUUCUCUGUGGUUAGAAGUUACUGUGGACACGGCAUUCACCAGUUGUUUCACACAGCACCAAGUGUACCUCAUUACUCAAAGAACAAAGCUAUAGGUGUUAUGAAACCUGGACAUUCAUUCACGAUAGAACCUAUGAUAUCUGAAGGAACCUGGCGCGAUGAAAUGUGGCCAGAUAACUGGACAGCUGUGACACAAGAUGGACGUCUUUCAGCACAGUUUGAACAUACAUUGUUAGUGACAGAUACAGGUGUUGAUGUGUUAACACAAAGACGAGAAAAUAAUGGUCAGCCACAUUUCAUGGAUAAUAUGUGAUUGAUUAAACUAUUUAGAUUUAACCAAAAGGCUUCCGUUCUGUGCAACACAUGGGCAUUAGGAUGCUAUUUGAUAUGUUUUUGUUUCCUAAGUAAGGAAAGAUCCCUUUGAAUGGCAGAUAGCCGGAUUUUGUCUCAAUAUUUUAACAGUAAAACAAAAGACCUAAUAUUUGUGAGAUAUAACAUGUAACUAAUACACAUGUGUAAAAUAAGAACAUUUAUGACAUUUUUGUGAUUUACUCAUUUGUAUCAUUGUUAAAUGAUUUGAAAAUGAACUUUGAUGAACAAAAAAAUUGUUUUUGUGUAUUUUAAAUGAAGUUGGUCGUAAUAUGCAAAUCAAUUGUAGAUCAUUUUAUUAAAAAAACAUUAUCCUUUAAAAUGGGAUAAUAGGCCAAAAAAGUGUCUCAAGCACUUACAUACCCCAAAAAUCUCACAUGAGCUGUUUUAAUAUCAAUAGAAUAAGAUAUUGACAAAAAUCUGAAAAUAUCUUUGUUGCUUAUUAUAAUAGCCAUUAAAAAAUUUGUGUAAGCUUUUUAUUUUGUUCUCAAUAACCAAAAUGUUUGAUAUAUAUAUAGUAAAGUGAUGUCUAAAAAUUAGUUAGAAAUUUUAAUGGCUUUUGAGUUUGAUGAUAUUUGAGUUUGUUCUUAAAGGCGAAUUUUCAAAAAAGGUAUGCAGUUAGGUUGCUCUCUACAAUAAAAAAAUAAUUCAUGGAAAGAUAUAAAUAGCUUUAAUAGUAGGAAGGAUUUGAAUCUUGUGGUAUCUUGCUACAUAUUAUUAUUAUGAGAAGUAUGAUAUGUAAAAUUCAGUCUGCCCACUUCAUACCUUUGUAUACGUCAAAUGAUCAUAGCUGCAUCAAAUGAGGAAAAUACCAAAUUUUUUCCAUGACAUCACAUAGACUAUAUUUUGAUAAAAUAAAUAUGUUUCAUUGUUGACUGAAAGUGAUUAUAUUUGAUGCCAUUUGUUUGCAGUGAAGCAGCAAGAUUUCAAAUAAUUGAUCUUCAAAAUCGUUUGAGUAACAACAACAAAAGCACUCGUCACUAUAUAAUUUGUUUUGUAUAGAACAUGCAUAUUUAUUUCAUAAAAUACAAGUUUUUAUAACAAAAAUCUUAUUUUUGAAAGAGGAGAUGAAAACCCUAAAGUGAAGUGUAGAUUGCCUUUCAGGGGCAAUUAUGAAGGCGGCAUAGGGAAAAAGUGUGUGUCAUUUUAGGUGCCAAUAAUGUAUUUUUUAUGAUAUAAACUGUUGUUUUGAAUCAAAACGGUCUAAAGCUUAUCAUGUUUGAAUUUGUCUUAUUUUAUCUGUAUGAGAUUUAAAACAAGUAAUUUCAGUGUUUAAGUAUGGUAUUGUUUUGGAUGUAAGAACUUUGUGUGAUGAAUUUGUUGACUUGAUGUUGUUUAUAUCUUGCAAUAUUCAAUAUGUUUUAAUAUUUACAAGCAAACAAGAAAAAAGAUAGAAUCAACCUACCCUUCAUUAGAGCCAAGUUUAAUAAUCUGUUUUUUUCUGUUUAUAUUGCUGUAAAAAGACACUUGUUGCUUUGAAAUUAAUAUUUAUGUAAAAGACGUAAGUCAUAUAACAUGCAGUAUCUAUAAAAGAUCAAAUUGGAAUUAAUGUUACAAAUAAAUUUUAUUACAAAAGUAUAGAGAUGUCAUAUUACAAAAUUUGAUAUGUAUUAUUUGAUGAUAUAUUCUGAAAAUCACGUUUGCAACUUAAAAACUAUAACUCAGACCUACCCUGCAAUGACCUACCUGCAAUAAUGCACGUAUACCAAUUAUAUCUAUAUUAACCUUAGUACUGCCAGCUAUUAAUAGAUUAUCAGUUCACUGCAGUGCCACGAUGCUAAUUAGCCUCUGCAUCUCACUGUGCCGAGUUGUUUUAGAGAAAUUUAUCAGUGUUACACCAUGUAAUUGUUUUAUCAAUUUUCUGUGAUUUUUGAACAUUUUAGAAAAUAACAUUAAAUGAGUUUGUUUUGCAGAAUUGAAUGCAGAAUUUCACAGUAUAAAAUAAGUGACAGUGGAUUAUGAAAUUAUUUAGAUAUAUCAAAUGCAAGUCGAAAAAUUACGUUUUUAUUAAUUUAUUUAUUAAAAAUAUUUGUAAAUCUCAUUUAAUUAGCAAAAAAAUACAAAUAAUAUAUUUUAUUAUCUCAUGACAAACUGCUUCAUGUCAACCCAAUUGACAUCAUCCAAUAAUUUAAACCACGAGUGUAAAUUUCCCUUGUAAAUCGUUAUUUUACUUUUCAAUAUUGUUGUCCUUGCUCCAACUCAAAAAAGUCUAGUGUGCAUCCGUUUGGUUCUUCAACUAAUUUAUUUAUGAAAUCUUAAUUAACAAUUAUAAAUGUUAGAAAUCUUUUAUCUGUGUAUUUUCUCCAACAUCAAAGUUUAACUUCUUUUCAGAAUCUAAAGCGAGACCACGUGUAUCCAGGUUUUUACGUAUCCUAUAACGGCGCUAUUUUUUCAUCCUUUUCUAGAUUAUCCUCAUCAAAACCUAUAAAUUCUUCGUUCGAAUCAUCUUUUAGAAAUAUUUAUCUUUCAAAUUCACGAUUUUCAUGGUCUACUUCCUAUUAAAACGCAUCCCCAUCCGCUACUUCUACAAAUACUUCCAUUGUUUCAUACUUGAAUGUAAAAAAAAACUACGGGGUCAAUUUUGUGAUCAAAAUAAUUUUAGAAUGGAAUGCGGGAAGCAACCACUGAAAACAUCUUUCAACAGGGAAAUCCUUCUUCUGACGUAAUAUCGACUUAAAAUUAAAAUAUCUGUGUGAUUUGAUUGGCUAGAACUCGAAACCUUUACCUUAUAUAGAAAGUCAAUAUAGUGACGACCCGCACUGAAUGAAACUACCGAAAGUUAUCAAUAUAUGGACGACGGGCAGUAGAGUAAAGUUAUAUAGACAAUCACUAUAUCGACGUCCUGCAGUACUAGGGUUAAGAAAUGACAUCAGUUUUUAAACUAGUAUGAAAAAUCAAAUGUAUAAGCAUUUGUACUUAAAAAAGAAGGACCCACCUACUUAUAAGCAGACAUGGUUUUCUUUCUUUGUGGAAAGUGUGGCAUUUCAGUUAUUAUUAUUUUUAGCACUUUAAAAAUACCUAAUGGAAAGAAACACUGAUUCAUGAACAAUGUAAAAAGUUAAAAAUAAUACACAAUAAAAACAUUUUGUAGACAAGGAGAUAUAAGAAUUCUAUAGCUAGAUAUACAGAAGAUAGAUAUUUAAGAUGGAAGGAACUAUUUAAAUUAUACAGUGACCUAUAGUUGCUUGAAUCCAUUUUAUUUGGACUCUUGUGGAUAGUGGUCUCAUUGGCAAUCGUACCACAUCCCCUUAUUUUUAUAUAGACAAUCUAGGAUUUAUUAUAGAUAACAAAAUGUUGUUUUUCUAUUGAUAUUAACUGUAUACAUAGUUUUGUGUACAUAACCAUGUACUUUUCAUAUAUAGUUGUUUCUGAGAUACUGGAAUAACUUAUAUCAAUUAUUGAGAGGCUAUAUAAGUCACUUAGUUACUGGAGUGGAAACAAAGGGUUAAAUAGGUACAUGUAGAUCUAUUGUCAGGUGAUGAUAGAUAGUAAUUCUGUGAUUUAAAUUGCCCAAAAAUAAACGUAACAUUUUUAUCACAUGAUAAAUUGAAUUAUUAUUGAAUCCAGUACUUUGACAGCAUUUAAACAUAUGUACUUAAAAGAAGACUGACUCUGUUAAAAUGACCAUUUAUGGAGAUUGCUGGUUGUUUUGUAAGUUGAUAUUAUGUAUUUUGUAAACUUUAUUCAGAAAUUUGUUUCAAGCUAAGAAAUGCACUUGUUAUAAAUAUUUUGUCUUGUUUUUAAAGUUGCCUUUACAAUAUUUACUAUAAUUGCUGCUUAUUCAUGAAUAUUGAGGGGAGAUAACGUCUGCACAAAUGUGUUCAAAUCAUGGGGAGAUAAUUCAACUGGUUAUGACUACAAAUCAACCAAAUUUACAUUAUUUUGUUAAAAGCAAGAACGAAGUAUGGGCACUCCCAGAUUUAUCCUGAAAGCAAUUGAUAUAAAAAAAAAUUCCACUCAAAAUGUUUUGAAUUUUUGUUUAUAAGUUAAUGUUUUUCAUUUGUAUUUGUUAAAGAAUGACGUCCCCUAUCAUGCCUACAUUAUAUACAAUCUAUAAAAUAGUUAAUUUUUAUAACCCAUAUUUCUUGAGAAAAAGCAGUGUAACCUACAAGAGUAAGAUUUAAUUUAUUGUCUAUAUCAGUUUUGAUGUUUAUCCACCUUAAAUGAAAGCAUUCUUGAUGUACAAAGAUCAAUAAAAGAUAUUGGGUAUAGGUCAAUUAGGCAGCAACCUGACAACCAAAAUAACCAAAAAAUAUCUAGAGUGUAGAGGACAACAUAUAGUAUUCAACAGAAGACAGGUGUCUAUACAAUUUGUCCAGCUUUAAAUCGUCCCAAUUCUAUAAGUUUUAACGAGUUUUCUUAUUAUUCAGCCAAAUAGGGACUGAUCAAAUAAUUCUGUAAUUGAAUAAAUGUAGAUAUCAUUGUGACUUUAUAUGUGUUCACUGUAUGGGUGACAAUGAGUUAUGUAAGCAUGCAAAAUAAAAUAAAUAAUAUCAUAAAAAUAUUGUAAACCUAAAGCAGAAAUAAUUGACAUCAUUACAUCUUGUGACAGAGCCACAAAAUAUUUUCAACUACAUUCUAGAAAUAAUGUAAUCAGACUUAUCUUCAAGUACAAUUUGUAAAAGGCUUAACUGAUCCUCAAGGUUUUAGCAAUGUGAGUAACCUAGAAUACCCAUCAUCGUCAUUGUAAUCUUCAUUUCUGAUUAUUGUUUGCUGACAGUUGUUGCGACUUGGCUAUUUACACUUAUUAUUUGUGAUUUUUAAUAAAAUAAAAUUGAAAAUCUCA